GUUCAUCUCCACUUUUCUUCAACACCAUCUUUCUCUUUCUUUUUAUUUUUAUAUUUUUGUCAAUUGUUCGAUUCUUUUGGUGUUCCAGGGAGAUCGAUUGAUACCGUCCCGUUGAUUUUCCAAUUCGACGAAUAAGGGUAUCACAUCUCUUAAUCAACCAUGUUUACCCGAAUUUUUGGUAAACCUAAACCGGAAGUCAAUACUCUAACCGCUUUAGACGAGUUAAAUGACAAACUUGAAAUGUUAGAGAAAAAGGAGAAAGUACUCCUAAAAAAGGCUGCAGCAGAAGUUGAAAAAGCCAAAGAAUUCACUAGGGCAAAGAAUAAAAGGGCGGCAAUACAAUGUUUGAAGAGGAAGAGGCUAUAUGAACAGCAAAUAGAGCAACUUGGCAAUUUCCAGUUGCGUAUUCAUGACCAGAUGAUAAUGUUGGAAGGUGCCAAGGCUACCACUGAAACUGUUGAUGCAUUGAGAACUGGAGCCGCUGCUAUGAGGGCUAUGCAAAAAGAAACGAAUAUUGAUGAUGUUGACAAGACUAUGGACGAGAUCAACGAACAGACAGAGAACAUGAAACAAAUUCAGGAAGCAUUGUCUACUCCAAUCGGAGCAGCUGCUGACUUUGAUGAGGAUGAAUUGGAAGCAGAACUUGAAGAGCUAGAGGGUGCUGAAUUGGAAGAACAGCUUCUUCAGCCUGCAACUACAGCUCCAGCUGCUCCAGUGCAUGUUCCAGCUGGGUGGCAACCCACUCGCCCUGUGUCUUCGAAGCCCACUGCCGAGGAAGAUGAAUUGGCAGCUUUGCAGGCUGAGAUGGCACUUUGAGCAAGUCCCUUUUCUCAGCUGCGACACUAUUGAUUUAUGCUAUCUAUUCAUUAAUCUGUUCUAGUUUGUUGGUAUUGCAAUUAAGGUGGCAGUUGAGUGAAUUUGUGUGUGCACCAGUUUCAUGUUAAAUAUCAACCUUUGCACAGUUGAGUUCACUUGUAUAAUAAUAGUUUGGAAUGAAUUCCCUAAAGUUGCUUGUCAGGAAAAGUUUGACGAUCUUAUUUUAUGCAGUUUUUAUUGAUUUUGCAGCUGGCUUUGAUUAGGCCAGAACUUUACAGGCA